ACGCGUUGUCCCCCGUCCCCUCAAAAAAUCAGAAAAGUAAAAAAUAGAGAGUCUUUUAAAAAAGUAGGAUCUGAAAAUUAAUAGUGUCGUCCUUAGCGCGCCCGCACACACAAAACCCAAACAAUGUGAGCUUGAGUGAACAAAAUGAAAACACGUGACACUAGUCCAACGCUGCAGGGUGAAAGUACUGCGGACUGCAAAAAUAAAUGACAUGACAGGAACGAAUCUGCAGAGAUAAACACCUCACCUCUAUUGAAAUUGCAAAUUAGUAGUUACUAGUGUAUAAUUUGUGAUAAAAAACAAACAAAUAAACAAAAAACCCGAAGGAGCUCGAUAAUUCUUCAAAGUAUACCGCUAGAUAAUCAUUUUGUCACGUAGGAAACCUGUUAUUAUGGCAGAACAGCUCUCUCAAAGCGAGUUGGAUUAUCCGUUUAAGCUGUUGGAAUACUUCAAUGGGUUCAGAGUAUCUAAGGUGAUCUUCUCGGCCUGUGAGCUGGGGGUGUUUGACUUGCUGCUCCAGUCCCACAAAUCUCUGAGCGCAGAGUCUGUAUCCCAGGAGCUGCAGGCCAGCCAGGACGGGAUGGAGAGACUGUUGGAUGCUCUGGUGGGACUUGACAUUCUAGAUGUAGAAAUAAUCCAUGGAAAAGCACUCUACAGCAGCACAGAUGUAGCAAACCUGUACUUGGCUAAAGCCAGCCCCAAGUCUUUGCAUAACAUGAUUGCCUACCAGUCUCAAACGAUCUACCCUCUGUGGAACCACCUGGCAGAUGCUGUCAGGGAAGGAAAAAAUCAGAAUGAAAAAACAUCGAACAUGUCCUCAGACCAGAUCUUUGAAACGCUGUACAGGUCUGAGGAAGAAAUGCUGAAGUUCAUGCAGCUGAUGCAUGCAACGUGGGUCGUUGAGACACAUGAUGUUGUGACUGCAUUUGACCUUUCACCUUUCAAAACGAUGGUUGAUGUUGGAGGCUGCACGGGAGGGUUGGCACGGGAACUGGCAAAGGCCUAUCCAGGCUCCACGGUCACCGUAUUCGACUUGCCCAAAGUGGUGGAAAUGGCCAAGAAGCAUUUCUCAGUUCCAGAUGACAGUAUUGCUUUUCAAGAAGGUGAUUUCUUCACUGGAGAGCUUCCGGAAGGUGACCUGUAUAUUGUAGCCCGAAUCAUUCAUGACUGGAAGGAGGAGAAGUGCUUGCAGCUGCUCCACAAGCUUUGUGAACAGUGCAAGCCAGGUGGUGGGGUACUGAUCGUGGAGGCGAUGCUCAAUGAAAACCGACGAGGCCCGGUCAUGACCCAGCUCUUCUCCCUCAACAUGCUGGUCCAGACCGAGGGAAAGGAGCGCACUCCGUCUCAGUACUUCCAACUGCUCAGCUCAGCAGGGUUCAAAGACCUACAAGUGCGUCGGACAGGGAAAUGUUAUGACUGCAUUCUCGGGAUAAAAUAAGCACCACAAAAAAUGAAUGCAGAACUGUUCAAUAUCUGAUUCCGUUAAUUUCACUAUGCACAUAUGCGUUUUCAUUUUUUCUUUACUGUAUGUGCAUGCUAGCUGCUCCAGUGUACUUUGUUAGAAGAAAUUAAUUUUAAUGUUUAACUUGGUAUCUUACAGAGCUGGUAACAUGUUAGCAAAGCUUUAGCAUGAGAUUUACAAGGGCCAGUUCCUUUCUGAUGUGUUUAGCAGGCACAUGUGUUUAUUUUCCAUGUAUUUGUUGUAGCUCUAUUGUUAGUGUAUUCUUUGAAGGGGGACGUGGGCUCUGCUUUCAAGUCGUAGCCAUGGGAACAAACUUAGAGUUCAAUGGUAGCCAUAAUUUAGGCCUUCCCCUUUUUCACAGAAAUAAAAUUGCCAAAGUAAAGAUACUUGAGCUGUACAGAACUAAUUGAACUAGCAUUGCAGGCAAAAAACAUUCAGUUUUGUGCUAGUUUUCGAGAAGAAAACUGUAGGUUCAAGAAGGGGACAAAAACAGUCAGAAAAGAAAGCAGAAGUGAUAUCAUUUUAUUUCUCAAUUUUUUACCUAUUAAACCUAGAGUGGAAUGUUACUCUCGGUGUAGUUGUGCAACACUUAUCUAAAGUGCUACAAAAUAAAUACGUAAAUUUAUAGUACACAGAAAAGCAUAUUCAGCUUUUAAUUGCUAUAUAAUGAAAUAAUGACAUGCUUCGGAAGCUACAUAAACCAAGGAGCAAGUAGGGAUUUCCAAGUAAGAACAAUGGCCACACCCUGUAGUGUAUUAGCUCUAUUUUAAAUGGUCCCAUUGUAGUUGAAGGGGCCACUGCAUAAUGUGAAUCUGGAAAUACUGAAAAUAAGGGUUUUUACAGGCACAGAAAACACAGGGUGAUACUAGCAUUGCAGACCUGCUCAGAAUGAUUGCAGACAUCUUCCAAUGGGAGGAGAUGGGUGAAAAAAACAAACAAACAUUUGGAGCUACACUAACGUUAAAUAAACACAACCAGAGGGUUUUCAGUCUUAUUAUUGUCUUUUAAUCGAUCAGUCUCUAUGAAUGAGUCGUGAAUUGAUUCAUCAUUUAUUUUAUAAACAUGUGAAACGGAAUUGCUGUGAUACUAUAGUCUGCUGAAAACAGUCUAAAAAAUAACCGGUACAUCACAACUGGACCCAAAGACAGGUGUUCCAGUAAAGGCAUUCAUACAUUUUAUACGCAUAUAAGAUCUUUAAUAAAAGUUUUUUGUUGUUUUUUUUUUUUUUUUUGUAUUAGGAUUUUAUAUUUAUUUAUAUUUCAUUUAUACUUCAAUUAAUUUUAAUCGAUUAAAACCCCAUAGUUAAAGAAC